ACAACAAUGACAAAAAGUAACCAAAAACCUCAUGCGAUAAUAAUUCCAUGCCCAUUUCAAGGCCACAUAAAUCCUAGUAUUUACCUUUCACUAAAACUUGCAACAAAAGGCUUUACCAUAACAUUUAUCAACACUGAGUCCAUCCAUGCCCAAAUAACCAAAUCACAAACAUUAGAUCAAAACUCAACAACAACAACAAAAACUCAUGACAUAUUUGGAAAAUUUCAAGAAUUUGGCCUUGACAUACAUUAUCAAACAGUUAGUGAUGGUUUUCCCUUAGAAUUUGAUCGAUUUUCGGGGUCGAAUAACGGGGAGUUUUGGGAAAGAUUGUUGAUAAAUUGCCCUAUACAUGUUGAUGAAAUUGUUGGGAAGUUAGUAGAAUUGGAAAAUCCUAAGCCAACUUGUUUGAUUGUUGACACUUUCUUUGCUUGGGGGACAACAAUUGCUAAUAAGUAUCAACUUGUUAGUAUUUCAUUCUUCACUCAACCUGCUUUGGUAUUUACUAUAGACUAUCAUCUUCACCUUCUACUCAAAAAUGGACAUUUUGGUUCAAAUGAUAAUAGAAAGGAUACCAUAGAUUAUAUACCAGGAAUUUCAGCAAUUGAUCCAAGUGACUUACCUUCUUAUUUCCAAACAAAAGAAACAUCAACUAUUCUUCAUCAAACUAUAUACCAAGCUUUUGAAGAUGCCAAAAAAUCAGAAAUUAUAAUUUGUAACACAAUACAAGAACUUGAGUCCAAAGUAAUUUCAACAUUCCAAGAAAAAACAAAAAAAAACUUUUAUGCUAUUGGUCCAAUUUUUCAUGAUCAAGUCAUCAACUCAUCAAAAAAAGUCAAAAUUUCCAAAAGCUUAUGGCCAGAAUCAAAUUGUUUGGAAUGGCUAAAAAAUAAACCAAAUUCUUCAGUAUUAUAUUUUUCACUUGGUAGUUUAUUUAAUCUAAGCAAAGAAGAUUUUAUGGAACUUGCUCAAGGAUUAAUGCUUAGCAAAGUGGAUUUUAUUUGGGUACUUAGACCUAAUUUGACGAUUAUCGAUGAAACAGAUAAUUAUUUACCAUCUGAAUUUAAAGAAAAUGUAGAUAAGGGGUUGAUUGUAUCGUGGUGCGAUCAGCGUGACGUGCUGUCACAUCCAGCGGUCGGAGGGUUUCUGACUCACUGUGGAUGGAAUUCGAUUCUGGAGAGCUUAUGGGCAAGUGUGCCAAUGAUAUGUCAUCCUAUAGGUGUUGAUCAACAAACUAAUAGAAAGUUGGUGGUUGAUGAAUGGAAAGUUGGGAUUAAUCUUUGUGAUAAUUAUUAUAAUAAUAAUAAUAAAUCAAUUAUCACAAAGGAGGAAGUAGCAAAAAAGAUUAAUUUUUUGAUGAGUGAAGAAAAUUCAGAAGAGUUGAGGAAUGUUGUUAAGGAAGUGAAAAAGACUAUGGAAAUUGCAUUAUUAGCCAAUGGAAGUUCAGAGAAAAACUUUGAUUUGUUUAUUGAGGAUGUAAUGGCUAAAACACAAAUAACAACUUCAUAGAAUUAAAUUUACAUUGUAUGGCUACUUUUGUAAGACCACGACCUCGGUUGUGGAAUUUCACCGAUAUUGGCUACUUUUGUAAGAUAGCCUUGAAUGGCUAAUUUUGUAAGAUGCCGAUCUCACUUGUGAAAUUUCACUGUUGUACAUGUUGUCUACUUUUGUAAGAUAGCCUUGAAUGGCUACUUUUGUAAGACCCCGACCUCACUUGUGAAAUUUCACCGUUUUUGGCUAUUUUUGUAAGAUAGCCUUGA